UUUUCUGCUUUUAAGGGUUUUCUUUUUCUCUUUACUAUUGGGGAUCAGACAUUUCGCUUUAUAUACACACACACAGAGAGAGACCAGGAAAGAAAAAAAUGUCUACAUACGAAAAGAAAGGAACUUACCGCAAAGGCAACAACCGUAAAAAGGCACAAGCUCACCAAAACACAACAGCAUGGAAACCCAACAAAAACUCGAAAAAGACGCGCGAGAUCAAUGCCCUACCAGUAUAUGGAUUAUGUCAACGAUGCACCGAUGUCAUUCUGUGGCGCAAAAAGUAUCGCAAAUACAAGCCUUUGACUGCUUUAAAAAAGUGCACGAACUGUCAAGAAAAAGCAAUUAAAGAAGCCUACCAUGUCCUUUGCAACAAUUGUGCAAGCGAUAAAAAAGUGUGUGCGAAAUGUUUGGAAAGCAAAGAGAUCAUUACAAACAAAGAGGAUAUCAAAACAAAUGAAGAUGAGGUUAGAGAACAACAGGAACAAGAACGCUUGUUAAAGAUGAUGCCGUUGCGGCAGCAGCGAAGCUAUUUACGAAAACUCGAACGCGGUGACGAUGUGCCAGAGCUCAAUCCCGAUGAUUUCGAGGAUAGCGAUUUCGAUUUCGGCAGUGAUUUCGACAGUGAGGAAGAAGAAGAAGAAGAAGACGGCGACUUUAGCAAAGACCGAGAGGAUGACGAUAGUGAUUACGACGACGACGACGACGAGGAAAAGAAGGACAAGGUGAUAGAUGCAUUGGCUGACAAGACAAAAAUCAGUCUAAAGGUUUAAAGAAAGAAAAGGAAAAAGUGUAUGUAAUAGUUACUUGUAUAUAUAUACCCGUAAUUAGCGAAAAAGUAACAGAAAGCUUGUAUAUUAAUCAUCAUCCAUCAUCCAUUAAUCCCUUCAUUAUUAUUUGUUCUUUUUGUUAUUUACGUAUUACAUCUUCUUUAUACUGAAUUGCAUUACA